AUUGUGCUUACGCAGAUGGCGUAAAUCAAGACAUUGGAAACGUGAAACGGGAGUACUUUGUAUUCAGAAUCCCUCCUUUACGCAAGAAACGACCGGUCAUUCAAUCAAACGUGGAUUUAACAACAAACUGAGGGACACAUGCAGAGUGUUUUCCUCAUUGUCUGUUUAAUGUGAGCAGCGUGGAGGAGAAGGGUCCCUGUAUGUGCACACUGUGUGGAUGUGUGUAGAGCAUAAGGUCUAAACAUGGUCAGGCUGGAGCUGGAUCAGGUGGUGAUGAGGAGGAUGAAGGAAGACGACAUAGAGAUGGUCAAAGCCCUCAUCAAGGAGGGCUGCGAGGGCACAGAAAACCGUCUCAUCCUCCACGUCCUCACUCGUCCGCUCUGCCUCUUCAUCCUGGCUGUUUUCUCCUCGAUCCUGCGCUGCCUCGUCCAUUCCUUCAUCCUGGCCCUUGCUAUUCCUGUCUUCCUGCUAAUUAUCUUUCUCAAGAUCACCAUGCCGCGGUCCUCGGGGGUUCUGGGCAGCAGCCGCCCCUACUGGGACUAUGUGGGUAGCAGCUACAGAGGGACACAGGAUGAGACGUUGCUGAAUCCUUACUGUAGGAUCAGUGGCAAGACAUCAGCUUCUAAGAAGCCAAGGCGAAGAAUCACACCCAAAGACAAGGACAAAGAUGUGUCAACAGAGGAUGUCACCCCAGAGAGGGAGCAGGAAGCGGGGCAAGUCUGGGUGGCAGACUGCGAUGGUGACAUCCUCGGCUGCAUCUUCAGGGAAAGCGAGAAGCGAGCGCACAUCAGGAGGAUCUGCAGGCUGGUGACGGGCUGCUGGUACCGCAGGGAGGGUCUGGGCCGGCUGCUGGCCCAGAGUCUGGAGCAGAGAGAGAGGGAGGCUGGCGCACACAGGGUGUACGCACACGUCCCUUACCCGUCCAAGCUGGGGGAGGCAUUCUUCAGGAAGGUGGGCUAUCGGCUAUCUGGGGAGGGGACUGAUGAAGAGGAAGAUGAUGAGGAGACGAAGCUGGAGACUCCAGAGAGAGGCUUUCUGGGAUACCCCCUCACUAAAGUGUUUUACAAAGACCUGUGAGCGACUGAUGAUGGACUCAUGGAGAAAAACAAGUUGAACUGGGAUGGCUAAAAGUGAUGAAGCUAUAAUAUAAGUGCAAACUAUGGAUCUCUGCUAAAGUUGAAUGUGUUAUUGCUGCAACAUGUUUGUUUAAGUUGAUAAUUUAUUGAAUAUCUGUGUUAUUUAUGCCAAUAUUUAUUUACUGUAUGUGUUGCUGUUUGGUUUGUUUUAAGUAUAUUUUUACCUUUUCAUUACAUGAAGUACCAUUUUUCAAUUCUCAUGAAACAAAUGGUUGCGUAUAAAUGGUAUCAUGAAGUCACAGUCAUGCUCAUCAUUUAUAAUGAAAUAAAAUAUUUAUGAAAAAUAUGUUUCCUAA